CCGAAUCCACUAAUUUGAAGGGGUGUCCACAUACUUUUGUAUAUAUAGUGUAUUUAUGUGUCAUUAAUAUGGCCUAGCUUAAAACCUUAAACCUGUAUGGAAUAUAUGCAGCCCACACGAACAAAAAUGAUCAUUCCAAUUAUUUCAUACAGUAUUAUCAUUUACCCAAACGAGAAUACAUAUUGAUUUCUCUAUUUGUUUAUUUAUAAGCAUGCGUAAAAUGUGCGUAAUUUCGAACUAAUUUAUGGGACAAAGGUGUACCGCUAGGAUGAGAGGAACACGCGGGUACAAGGAGAGGAGGAGUCGACCACCUCUCCUUGAGCCAAAUGCACUCGUCCCUCCUCUCUGCAACAGCCCGUUCCCCCCUUAAACCUUGGCCAAACCCCCGCCCCAUCACUCCACUCUGCCUGUUUUUCCAUACGGUACAGUCUGAACACACGGGCACGAAAUGGAUACGGAAGGGAGCCAGAGCAGCCUGUCCUCCACGGACUCCCCUCACGACCCCUGCAAAAUGUUCAUUGGCGGCCUCAGCUGGCAGACGACACAAGAGGGAUUGAAAGAGUACUUUUGCAAGUAUGGCGAAGUGAAGGAGUGCAUGGUGAUGCGGGAUCCAGUUACUAAGCGUUCUAGGGGUUUUGGAUUUGUCACGUUUCUUGACCAGGCCGGUGUGGAUUCAGUUUUGGCAGUAACCAGGCAUGAGUUGGAUUCGAAAACAAUUGAUCCGAAAGUUGCAUUCCCUCGUAGAGCCCAGCCCAAGCUAGUGACUCGGACCAAGAAGAUCUUUGUUGGAGGUCUGUCCGUGAACACGACCAUUGAGGAUGUCAAGGCGUAUUUUGACCAGUUCGGAAAGGUUGAUGAUGCCUUGCUCAUGUUUGACAAGACCACCAACAGACACAGAGGGUUUGGCUUUGUCACGUUUGAGAAUGAGGAUGUGGUGGAGAAAGUGUGUGAGAUGCACUUCCAUGAGAUAAACAGCAAAAUGGUGGAGUGUAAGAAGGCUCAGCCCAAGGAAGUGAUGUCACCCACGGGAUCGGCCAGGGGGCGCUCUCGGGUAAUGCCCUACGGCAUGGAUGCCUUCAUGCUGGGCAUCGGCAUGCUGGGCAGGGGGCAGCACUGUUUCACUCAAACACAGACGCAUGACUGUCCUUUCACCAUAGGUUACCCAGGGUUUCAGACAGCUACCUAUGCUAGUCGAAGUUACACUGGCAUCACCCCUGGAUAUACCUAUCAAUUCCCUGAAUUCCAUUUAGAGAGGACCCCCCUUCUGACAUCACCACACCCCCCUGAGCUCACAGCCAUUCCUCUGUCGGCAUAUGGACCAAUGGCAGUGGCGGCAGCAGCGGUAGCUAGAGGCUCCGUCCCCUCUCGCUCGGGGGGGUUCAACAGCCCUGGGCCAAUGGCAGACUUAUAUGCAGCAGCCAAUCAGGAGUCUGCUGUCAGCAGUUACCUCAGCGCUGCAAGCCCCUCCCCAAGCACUGGGUUCGGCCAUAGUCUGGGGGUAAGACACAGCCCUUAUCACGGUCCUCUGAUUGCUGCGGCCUUCACUAACGGCUACCACUGAGAGAAGCUGUGAACUGAGAGAUGGAAAGAGUUGAAGCUGCUUUGAACUGGUCUGACAUGUCUCUGUAUGGUUACUCCUCUCUGGCCGUGUGACCCUGCAGCUGCAGUGGGAACACUGACCCUUGACCCCUGAUGUCCCCGCCCCUCCUCCCACUGAGGAUCUCUCUUCUUCAGACUUCCUGUGUUCUGUCUUUACAUCACCUCCUGUCUAACAUGUUACUGUAGUUAGCAGAAAGGAACAACAACCUUUAAAAAUAUAUAUGUUUCUGCUUGUAUUAGAAAAACAUGCUGAAAAUUCUAGUUACUUUUUUAUUGUGUCUUAUUUCUUUUGACUGUUUUGUGAAGAUUGUAAUGUAAUCUCAUAUGUCUUAAUUCUUUGUUUAGUUUUUUUAUUCAUUUGAUUAUUUUGUCAGAAGAAGGUGUUUUAUUGAGAGGCGGUGAGGGAGAAAAAGUGAUCUCCAGGUACGAAAUAUGUGAAGGACUGGAGAAAUAAUUUGUACUGAAUAAGUGUAUAUUUAUAUUUUAGUACAUACUGAAUUUUAACAGAACAUUGCUGAUUAAUACCAUUUUUUUUAUGUAUUACAAAUUUGAAAAAUGUAUAUCUUGGUAGGUUUUUAACAAACAUUUGUUAUACUAAUAAUGGUAAAAGUAACAAAAUUGAUAGUCAUGAGCCUAUUUCCAGUCAGAUUGAACUGUGUGAUGUCUGUUUUUGUAAAAUAUUGUAAAUAUAUCUGUCUUUUGGAUUCUGCAAAAAAUUAGGGGUAUUGGGAAGGCAGUAAUGGUAUUUGUUUUCAGCAGAUGGUUUUGUACUUUCAUUCAUACUGUUCGGUGUUGGGCACCCAGACUGUUACAUAUCAUAGUAUCAUAGUGUAUUUGUGUGAUUCAUAAUCUUUAGCUAUCUGAGUUGUGAGACUGGUCCAGGUCUGUCAGAGUGAAAGGGUUUGCUCCUAUACUGUGAAUUCACCCAGGAACCCCUGUUAUCAGCACUGGGAGAGAGAAAGCUUGAGAUGUUACAUAAAUGUGGGCGAUGCAGGUGUGGGGAUACUUCUCUUAUAUGAGUAGGCCUAAAACAAGCUGUUUCUUUCCUCAUUACUUGGAACUUAUUUUAUUGUUGUUUUAGAAUUAUAAUUUUGAAUAUGUAAUGGUUGUAAAGGAAAAUGAAGGACAAACAUGCAGGAACAGUCGUAAAACAGUUUCACGAUGGUACGAUUUCACAGAUUGUGUUGAUGCGUGUGACUGCGCGUUUGUGUGUUUAUGUGUGUGUGUAUUGUAUGGCUAUGUGGUCACACUUAUUGGCAUCAGGUGUGAAAUGUAUUGUCAGGGAAUGGAUACAUUGGUGGCAAAUGUGAAUUUAUAACCGCCAUUUUGAUUUGUUAAUGAACUUCCUUGUCUCUGUCGAUGUGUGGAGGGGAUUCAUUCAUUCAUUUCAGUGCUAAAUUAACACUCUCAGAGGUGGUCCUGAGGCUCUUCCAUGAUGAGAUUGUAUGUAUUUCUCCUCAACCCCCUUCUCCACACUGACAGAUACAAUGUAUAUCUAUCUACUGGAUGACACAGACUGGAGCCAUGAAACUCAUAAGAAGCUAUAUACUUUUUUAAGAGACAGCAAUCAUUUUGUAAACAUUUUUUACGUUUUUGCAAUGGGAGGUUAAAUAAAGUGUUUUAAUUUUAUGGUUAGUUUAAGAACAAGAGGCGCUGUCAAUUUCUAUCACCAAGUUAUAGAUUUUGAUAUUUUUUUCUAAGCCUGCUGAUUGAUUGCCAUGGUGUUGCAGCCUUUGGACUCUGUGCUCACUCUGAAAGGUAACGUUCUUGUCAACACUGUAACCCUCUUUUUCAAUUUUUUACAAUUCCUAAUAAAUUAUUUUAAAACAUUCUA